AUGGAAGAGAAACAAUUCAAGUGUGAGGUGUGUGACCAAGACUUCAAACAAUCAUCGAUGCUCGUGAAACAUCAAAGUAUCCAUCACAGGAAGAAACGUUUCACAUGUGAGGUGUGCAACAAAUCAUACUCCAAACCAUCGCACCUCCGCAUACACCAGUACAUUCACACAGGAGAGAAACCAUUCAAAUGUGAAGUCUGUGAUAAAGCUUUUGCAACAUCCACAACCUUCCUGUCUCACCAACAUAUUCACACAGGAGAAAAGCCAUUCACAUGUAGUGUCUGUGACAAAUCAUUCUCACAUUCAUCUCACCUUCGCGUGCACAAACGCAUUCAUACUGGGGAGAAACCAUUUACAUGUGAAGUGUGUAACAAAUCAUUUUCAGAGUCAUCAUCCCUUCGCAAACAUCAUCGCGUUCACACAGGGGACAAACCAUUUACAUGUGAGCAGUGUAAUAAAUCAUUCUCACAGUCAUCUGGUCUUCGAGUACACCAACGUUUGCACGCUGGGGAGAAACCAUUCAAAUGUGAGGUUUGUGAAGAGGCUUUUGCCAAAUCUAGCACUUUCCUGAGACAUCAGAAGGUUCAUGAUAAUUAG